AUGAACGCUCGAAGAAUCACUUAUUGGUACAAUAUGCGAGAGAAAACAUUCAACAUUCAAAACGAAAAGAACUGUGAGUUUCUCACUUACACUGUUUAGCCAAAUCAAUAUUCUUCCAUAUUUUUAGUGCUUCUUUUCCCAAAUGGCGAUCGCAAAGCUCCACAUCGUGGAUUCUCUCCAAAAGCUCGGGAAUAUCUUCGUCCAGAUAUCAAAGUGGAAAUCGGCUUCGUUGCGAAAUGCAAAAUCAUUGUCGCGGACAAAAUUUCCGAAUGGAAACGAUUUGUUUGUGGCUUGUUCAUUUUUUUGGAAACUGAUGUUUAA